UCCCUCCAGCCGCGCUCGCGCCCUCCUUCUCCUGCUGCGCUCCCGGCUCUGGCCGCGCGCGGGCGGCGCUCCGCAUUGCACACGCGGGGGGCGCCGCAGUGUUCGUGGGAUGGGGCAGCGGGCUGCCUCUGGCGGCAAGGACGCGUGCAACCCGGGUGCGGGCCCUCUCUCAUCGCCUCGAGUGCCCACUUUGAGGCCCUCUGUAUGAGUGACACGCCAGUCUGCCAUGGAGCCUAGCCCUGCCCUGGCCUGGCUCCUGCUGCUGAGCCUGCUGGCCGACUGUCUGAAGGCUGCUCAAUCCCGAGACUUCACAGUGAAAGACAUAAUCUACCUCCACCCUUCAACCACUCCAUAUCCUGGUGGAUUUAAAUGCUUCACCUGUGAGAAGGCAGCAGACAAUUAUGAAUGCAACCGCUGGGCUCCUGAUAUCUACUGUCCUCGAGACACCAGAUACUGCUACACUCAGCACACCAUGGAAGUCACAGGAAACAGCAUCUCUGUCACCAAGCGCUGUGUCCCACUGGAGGAGUGCUUAUCCACGGGCUGUCGAGACUCGGAGAAUGAAGGCUACAAGAUCUGCACCUCUUGCUGUGAAGGAAAUAUCUGUAAUCUGCCACUCCCUCGCAACGAGACUGAUGCCACGUUUGCCACAACGUCACCUAUAAAUCAGACAAAUGGGCACCCACGCUGCGUGUCAGUGAUCGUGUCCUGCUUGUGGGUGUGGCUCGGACUCACCUUAUAGCAGCCCUCUCCACCAAACAUAGCUCUGUGGGUUUCCCUGUGGCCCGCAGUCAUGCAUGAGUCAUCGGCCUGGCAGUAGCGACAGAAUGCGACCACGGCGCCCGGGACAUCAUCACAGCCAGGCAUUCGCAUUGCCAUAAAGAACAAGCGUUGCUUCAAUGCUGUCAUUUCCAGCCUAACCAAGACCCCAUCUAAGUCAGCCUGUCCCCAUACAGACCCUGAUUUCUAUACCACAAAUCUGCGGUUUUGCUCCAAGAAAGAGUUCUGCAUUUAUGGAUGUCUGGGUUCUUGAUCCCGAAGCCAUGCGUGAGCUGCGGGAGAAAGAGCAAUGGAUGCAGGUGGUGUAAGAUUUCAGGAAAAGGAAAGAACCCCUAGCUUAAUUCAAACCACAGCUUCGCCUGUGGCUUUAGAAUUUUAAAACUUUAAAUCCAAAAAUAAAUGGAAUAAUUUCUUUGAGAUUCUGAUGGAGUUCCUAAAAGAGCAGCAAGUACUUCGCUCAGUUUCAUUUCCCUAGCCUUCUUAUCUUAACGUAGGGAAACACGUUCCUGCUGCUCUUUGUAAGGGACUAAAGAGGCAAUUAAAGUUUGUUGUAUUUGUAGAGGUGACGAGAAAAAGAUUUCAUGAUGAAAUGAGCUCCCACAAAAGGAAGUUUAUCCCUUCUUAUAACUGGAGGAGAGCUUGGCUCUGCCCUGAGAACUAAUUCUGCUUCCCGAGUUCCUGGAUCCCAGCUGAGCCAGGAGCAUCUACAAAUUCACGAAGUGCGGUGGGGUUGUUUUCUCCACGUGUUGCAUUUUACUCAGAUAUAGCUAAUGUAGUCAGAGAGAGCUUGUCAGAGUAAAAGAAAGCUUUGUGGAGGUGAAUCCUAGUUCAUUGCGAAGGCCCAGAAAUGGCUCAGCAGAAUUUUCUCAUUGUCUGCCAAAGAGCUGCCAAAGAGCUCUCUCCUUCCAAAACCAAGUGACUUUAGGGAGAAAGUGCUGAAUUAAAUUAUUGGUAGGUCAAUAAGGUAAGAACACUUCUGUGCUAGGAUGAGAGGAAGAUGGAUCAUAAGUGGUGUAGAAUUUGCUUCUCUCAGGUGCUGCCUUUGGAGUCGAAAAGGUUUUCGUCAUCCUUCAUAUAUUUUUUUUUUAAUCUAAAAACUGCAUUGUUUUCUUUUUCCAUGUAAAUUCUUUAAAUGACAUUUAUUUUUGUAUGGUAUAAACUAGAAACUAAACUAUAUUUCAAAAAAUGAUUUUUUUUCCUGAACAAAAUGCGAAAUUAGAACGCUUGUUUUCAACAAUGGUAGAGCUUAUCAUUCAUUUAUGGAGAAUUAUCAGUGAGCCUUGCACCGAUGCUAGAAAAAAAUGUUCAUUUUCUGUGAGCGUGAGUUGUAUGUUCGCCUCAAGGGUUUUACUCGUGGCUUCCUCAGAAGCGUUGUUCUGGAAAUAUUUGCGUGGAGACUAUCAUUGGUCCAAGUAUCUCUGCAGGGCUGUGGGUUAUAUUAGCAUGGAACUUGGCGGAGCAAAGCCCUGAUGAGGAGGACCGUGCUGUUAAGAUACAUGUGCCCUGCACAGGGAACUUUAGCUCAUAAAAUGAGACCCCCUCAGGGACCAAAUAUGAACUAACAUCAGAAACUCUGAUACAAGUCAUUGGAGUUGUAUCACACAGCCUUAAUUCAGAGUGUGGCAGGCUUAUCAAUUUCUUGCUUAUAACUGGGGAUGGGAGAGUCAGGAGAGAAAGGCACGUCGUAAGCAUGUGCCAGGCACUGUGCUAAGCACUUUACGUAGUUAGGCCAUACAGCCUUCCAGCAACUCUGAAAGGUACAGCACAUAUCUCUGCUUUACAGAUGAAGGUCCUGAGACUCAGAGAUGUUUGAUAAAUGAAGCCUCUUCCUUCAGAUUUAGUGUCUGUGGGACGUGACAGGUUUGAACAGAAAAGGAUGUGGAAUUUCUCUGCUAGGAAAACUUACAGGUCUGACUUCAUGGGAAUUGGCCCAUCUUAUCAUGUAAAAUACAUCCUGCUACCCAGGAUGACAUUUGCAUGUGUCCCCAGUUGAAACUUUUUCUUUGGGGAGUAAAGUUAUAGCUUCUUGAUUUAUCCCUCUGGUCAAAAGAGGAGACAGUUGACCUUGCAUCUAAAGAUGCUUUAAUACAAUGGGAAUUUGACGUUGUAUAUAAGUAUAAGUACCAUUUUUUUUUAUAUGUGUGUGCAUGGUCACACUCCACUGAUAUUUUCCAAUUGCUGCAUGUAGUCUGAACGGGAGACAAGGAACUGAGCACAUUAGAGCCUCCCUGGCUGGUUUACAGGGAUAAGGUUCUCAAAGGUCCAGAUUGCCCACCGCCUGGGAAUUAAUUGCAGCCACGGUACACAUGCGCGGCACUCAUCCCCAAUGCCUUUCAAAGUGGCUUUUGUUUAAUUCUCUCAAAAGAAUAUGAUUUGUUCUCCAGCCCUCGCCUCAGAUAGCCAAGGAGGAGCCAUUCAUGUAGACGGUCCAGGACAAGUUAGCCAUCUGACUCUUCUGUCACUUUAAACUGUCCAUUAAACCUCACCAUUGGUGAUGGCUUGACACGCCAAGAGCCAUGAUGUGUAUGUUAACGUAUAUGCCACAUAUUUAUUUUUAGACUCCCCUCAACAUCCAUGCCAAUAUGGGAUUAAUGCCUAAAUGUAAAUAUUGUACACUUUGUAAAUCAAUGAAUAAAGAUUUUAAGUGUGUUUCA